GUCGUCCUCCUAUAGUGUUCCCCGCUUUCAGAAGACUUCAUACUAGCUCUCACAGGAAAUGCGUUUCUCCUUCCUUGCCCUUGUUUGUGCUUUGACAGCAUCUAUGGCUGUCAGUACCCAGGCCGACACAAAUGCCGAGUGUGGUAAACAGGGUAAAUCUUGCAACCCUUCAAAGAAAGACUGCUGCGAGGGCUAUACUUGCGCAACUGACGCCACAUACUCAUAUUGCAAUGCUCACGUAGAACCACCACCACCAGGGGGUGGUGGCCGUGAUUAAGCCGGAAGCCUGAGCAGCACAUCACGACAUGUCGAAUCAAUCAGUACAGUUGAUUUUGGACAAAUUUUGGUACUGCUCGAGCAAUAACACCGCCACAGGACAAACAUUGUGAUGUCUACGCCGUGACUGAAGAAAUCUUGAGCAAU